AUGCUGCUGCCGGCUGCUGUGCCCGCGAUCGGCGCCUGGCCAGUGCUGCAGCGGCUGACCUGGCAGCCCCAGGAGGCCGCAGGACCGCCCGAGGCAAUGGGUUGGGAGCACGCGCUAGCCAAGCCUUGGACGGAUCCCACCGGCAUGGUGGGCACCCUGCUGAAAUCGGCGGCCUUCUCGGCGGCGGCCCGAGGCGGCGGCAGCGCCGUGGUCGGGGGCCCUGCCGACUCGCUCUUCUGCACCAAUGUGUCUGGCCUCAAGGGCAACUCCCCCAUCCUUAUCGGCCUCAUGGAAUACUUCUCGCGCCACAUGCCGCACGUCGGCUUCUUCCAGCCCAUCGGCGCCGACCCGCUGGUCCACAGCGCCAAGUAUGCCAAGCUGCCCAAACAUGUGGCCCUGCUGAAGGAAGCCUUCAGCCUCCCCGACGACCCCUCCCGCAUGUAUGGAGUGACGGGUGACGAGGCCCAGGCUCUGCUGGCCAGUGGCCGUACCGAGGAGCUGAUGGACAAGGUGUUUAGCCGGUACCAGGAGUACCGCCAGGCCAAGGACAUGGUGAUUGUAGAGGGUACCACGGUGGACGGCAUCGGGAACCUGGUGGAGCUGAACGGCCGCUUUGCUGCUGAGCUGGACUCUCCAGUGCUCAUGAUCAUGGACCUGAACCGCGACGAAGAGGUGACGGCCAGCGAGCUGUACAACCGAGCCAUGAUCUCCAAGCAGGACCUGCAGGCGGAGCACGCGGACGUGCUGGGCGUCGUACUGAACAAGGUACCCAAGCGGGACCAUGCCAUCAUCAACGCGCAGCUGUCCAAGAAGCUGGCGGCUGCGGGGCUGCCCUACGCGGGCGGCAUCCCGGCAGACGCCACCAUCGGCACCGCCAGGCUGAACGAGAUAGCUCAGGAGCUGGAGGCGCGGCUGCUGUACGGCUCCGCCGAGGACAUGGACUGCAAUGUGAGCGAGGUGCUCAUCUGUGCCGAGGACGUGGCUCUCUUCCUGGAGAAGCUGGUGCAACGGAACGCGCAGCGUGCACGCCACGGCGAGCCCCCGAUCCGCCCGCUGGUGCUCACCAGCAAGGACCGAGCGGACGUGCUGCUGAGCCUGGCGGCAGCCCACGUGACGGGCAUGGGCCCACACGUGGCUGGCAUCGUGCUGACCGAUGCCGAGCGAGGCGUGGGCUCAGCCACCGACCGCAUCCUCAUGCAUUACUCAGACCAGCUGGUCCCCGUGAUUGAAACCCCCACCGGCCUGUUUGAGACCGCACGCGUGGUGUCCUCGGUCAACCCCGGCAUCCUGCCCGAGUCGUAUUCCAAGAUCAAGCACGCCCAGGACCUGGCUGCCCAGUACAUCGACGCCAAUGCCAUCGCCUCGCAGCUGGCCAUGCCCAAGCAGGCCAAGAUGACCCCCAAGGCCUUCAUCCACAGCAUCCAGGAGAUCUGCCGCUCCCAGCCGCAGCACAUCGUGCUGCCUGAGGUGGGGCGGCCGACGAGGCCCCUCUAG